AUGCCCAUCAGCAACGCCAACAAUACCAAUUAUGACGCCUUCAGAGAUUGUCUAUUCUCUGUCGUUGUCGAAAAGUCCACGGACGGAGUCCGUAAGGGCCGUAAACGUUCUGCUGUUGGGAAAAAGACCACUCCAGCAGAAUCAACAUUCACGGCAACAGAGCCUUCAGAGCUGACAGAUUUCUCUGAUUAUUUGGCCAUCGAGAUGUUUUCUAGCCUUCCAGAGGAGCUUAGAGGCCUUUCUCACCAUUCAGUUCAGAGCGACGCCGCUCUUUCGGAGAAAUGGUCUCCACCAUUGACGGUCUCUGGCUUGGAGGAAGUUACAACACUCAUUCCAGGAGACAUAACCGAUACCCUGACAGCGUAUGGACUUACUAACCCUCCCAAAUCUGAUCUGCAGUCUUUUUUGGCUCCUGUUCUAUCGGCAUAUAUUGCUUUUGUCACGACACCACCUCCCAAGUGGGCAGAAACCAAAAAGAAUGCUUGCGAAAUAUGCGAGCGUGACUGGGUGCCAAUGACUUACCACCAUUUGAUCCCGAAACAAGUACAUGCCAAAGUCUUGAAAAGGCGCUGGCAUGAAGAGCAUCAGUUGAACAGUGUAGCAUGGCUUUGUCGUGCAUGCCACAGCUUCGUCCAUCGGAUGGCAUCAAACGAGGAACUAGCCCGUGCAUGGUACACUGUCGACCUGAUUUGUGAAAGAGAAGAUGUUAAGAAGUGGGCACAAUGGGUCCAGCGUGUAAGAUGGAAAAAGAAAUGA